UUUGUCAGUCAUUGUGUCCCCUGAGGAGCCCUCCUCUUGUCAAGUGUUCAUAAGGGCAUGAGUGGCAUCAUGAGCACUUCUUUGAGAGCACUAAGGAGGACAGAACACUUAACAAUGGAGGACGCAGACGAUGACAUUGCCGUCAUUGGGAUUGGAUGCAAUUUCCCUGGAGGUGACGGUUUGAACAACUUCUGGAGGGUUCUAUCAAAAGGGGAAAAUUGUGUUGUCGAUAUUCCGGCAGACAGGUUUGAUAAAAAUUCCUGGUACGAUGCGGAUGUCCAAAAACCUGGAAAAACUCAAACCACCAAAGCUGCUUUUAUAGAUGGCUUUAACGAGUUCGACCACAAGUUUUUUGGCAUCGCCGAGGCCGAGGCAGAUGUCAUGGACCCCCAGCAGAAGCUCCUCCUUCAGUGCGCCUACAGGGCGUUGGAAGAUGCCGGCAUCCCCAUGGAGCGCAUCAGCGGAAGCAGAACCGGAGUUUAUAUCGGUCUCAUGAACAGAGACUAUGAGAUGCUCCGAAGUAACCGCGCCGACACCAUAAGUCACUACAACGCCACGGGGACGGCCACGAGCAUCGCCGCCAACAGAAUUUCCUAUGUUUUCAAUCUGACUGGUCCCUCGUUCGCCAUGGACAGUGCUUGUUCCUCCUCCUUGGUGGCUCUGCACAUUGCCUGCCUGGCUUUAAAGCAAACGGACUGCGAGAUGGCUCUUUGUGGCGGCGUCAACUGCAUCAUCGAGCCCAGAGUGUUUGUUGCUCUGAGCAAGGCCAGGAUGAUCUCAGCAGACGGGACCAGCAAGCCUUUCUCCAGAAGAGCAGACGGCUACGGUAGAGGGGAAGGCUGUGGGGUCCUUCUGCUUAAACCACUCAAAAAUGCGCUACGAGACAGCAACAAAAUCUGGGGCAUCAUUGCAAAAACAGCCAUCAAUCAAGAUGGACAAUCCGUGUCACCAAUCACCAAGCCCUCCUUGCAUCAACAACAAGAGCUGCUGCAGAGAAUCUACUCCCAGUGCGAGCUCGCCACUGUCCAGUACAUUGAGGCUCAUGGGACUGGAACUCCGGUUGGCGAUCCGACAGAAUUGGCUAGCAUCUCGAACAUCAUCGCCCAAGCCAAACAUCGCGGUCCAGAGACUCUGUGGAUCGGUUCUGUUAAAGGGAACAUUGGACAUACUGAGUCUGCUGCAGGGGUAGCUGGUCUCAUCAAGGUGCUCCUAAUGAUGAGGCAUGAGACCAUUGUUCCUUCUAUUUUCUACUCCAAAGAGUGUCCUGUCAUAGACACGAUGAGAAUGAGUGUUCCCACUAAAGCCGAGAGGUGGUGGACCAAUGGGAAGCGGGUGGCCGGGAUUAACAGCUUUGGCUUUGGAGGCACGAAUGCACAUGUCAUUGUCAGAGAGCAUAGAGAGGUUACUAGUCCUUCACAGAUCCCAAAAGAUGGUCAAAGACUUUUUGUAACAUCCGCAGCCUCAGAGAAAUCCUUGAUUCGAACCCUUGCCGAUACACGACAGAUGCUUCUCAGCGGCCAUGCAACUGACGUGCAGGCGUUGUGUUACACAUCAGCUUGUGGGAGGAGUCACAGAAAGCACAAGUACAGGAAGGCGAUCCUCACAUCAUCUCUGUUGGAUUUGCAGCAUCAGCUGGCUGCGGUAAAAGCAGAGGUGGAGUGUACAACGUCAAACAGGGAGGUGGUGUUUGUGUUUAGCGGAAACGGUGUUGCUUUCAGGGGUAUGUGCAAAGAGCUUUUUCUGAGAGUUCCUGUCUUCCAAGACAAGGUGAGAGAAGUGGAGAUUCUCUUCCAGAAACACUAUAAUGUCAGAAUCAGUCAAUGGUUUACUAGUGAGUGUGACACUGACAAUCUAAGCCAGCCAGAUGUUGUCCAACCUCUACUUUUCGCUGCUCAAGUCGCCAUUACCUCCCUUCUGAAGCACUGGGGUGUCCAACCUGACAUGGUGCUCGGACACUCCCUGGGAGAGGUCGCUGCGGCUCACUGCUCGGGUCUCUUAUCUCUGGAGGACGCAGUCAAAGUGGUUUACCAGCGCAGUAGCCUUCAAAGUAGGGUCUCUGUCGGAAAAAUGCUUGUCGUCAGCAAUGUUGCUGUGGAAAAGGUGUUAAGAAUCCUGACGAACUUCUCUGGAAGUGUUUGCGUGGCUGCGUUCAACAGCCCGCUGUCUUGCACUUUGUCAGGGGAUGCAGAUGUUGUUGCUGUCCUCUAUGAGAAGCUGAAGAUGAUGUACACAAAUGAGAAUAUAUUUCUUCAUUUCCUAGACGUUCCAGCAGCUUACCACAGUCAUUUAAUGGAUCCUAUCCUUGAGGACGUUCAAAGAACUUUAGAUUAUUUGGUCAUCAACAAGAUGGAGUGCAAACUGUUUUCCACUGUGACAGGGCAUGAGUGUGGGCAUGGCGACUUUGCAACAGGUACCUACUGGGCAAAGAACAUCAGGGAACCAGUUCUGUUUGAGCAAACCCUGCAUGCAGUCGCUAUGGAUAAACUAUCAGGGAGGAACAUGGUCUUUGUGGAGAUUGGACCCCGCAAGGCUCUCCAAAGGAACAUACUGGAGACUCUGGGGUAUGACUCUAUUGUUCUGUCCUCUGUUGAACCACUAAGAGAAUAUGAAACCAUCUUGUCCACUGUGGGGAAACUAUUCGAGCUGGGCGUCAACAUGCACUGGCAGGAGAUCUACAGUGGUUGUGAAACGCCACCUACAGUUUUCCCGGUGUAUCACUUUGAUAACGUAAAGAAAGAACUGUAUUUUGAGGAUGUCAGAAAUGGAAGUGAAUCUCCUUCCUGUUCCCCACAUUUGCUUGAAUCCCAAACGGCACAGAACAACGAAUACAAAUUCAGCCUCUCGGUGGAAACGGCGGCAUAUCUGUGGGAGCACAAAUACAAUGGCAUCGCUAUUGUACCCGGCGCCUUCUUCGUGGCGCUGGCAUUCACCUCCUUGAUAGCACAUUUGAAGCCAAAGAAGCCCGUUUCCUUUGUCCAGAUCAGUGUGACAUUUCUCAAGCUGCUUCAUGCUGACAAUCACCAACUAACAGUAACACUUGCAGGAAAUGAGUUUACAAUCCGUUCCCCUGCCGCCACCCAUGCUUCAGGUACUUUCAGGUGCACUGAGCAUCAAGCUUUCAUAGAGGAACCCAGCAUUCAUCCAGAGAGGAUCUUAAAAAGGUGCACUUUGGUUGUAAAGACAAAUCAGAUCUACUCCAUUCUUUCUAGAGCGGGAUUGGACUAUGGCUCUGUGUUCAAACACCUCCACAAUGUGUAUUUUGGGGAUGAAUUCAAAGAGGCCAUGACAAGAAUUAAAGUACCCCAAGACCUCCUCAAGCAUAUUCACGACUAUUUCUUACACCCUGUGCUCUUGGACUACUUCAUGCAAAUGACUGCGGUGGUAGCCAUGAGGUCUCUCACAGCCAAGCAAGGACUACCCUCCGCCAUUGGCAGUGUUGUCAUUUCAGGACCAGCGCAAGAGGACAUGUUCAUUUACAUGCGGGCAACUCGAGAGACUCCAAACUUCCUUGAAGUGUGUGGUUGCUUUGCGGGCAAAGGCGGAGAGGUACUUGUGGAACUUAGGGAUGUCAGGAUCACGUUCAUUGGCAAUUGCUCACCUGUUCUACAGUCAGUGUUCUUCCACAAUGAAAUGAUUCCAAUCCCAGUUGAGACGAGUUGCGAUUGGAAGAUAAGGGCGUUAGUUUUUGCAGACAAGCUGGGCAUCGCUGAAGCACUUAGGCCAUAUUUGCAUCCGGAGUCCCUCACAGUGGAGGACAGAGAAGACUCAAGCCAACUAAAAGAUGUAGUUCUACAUUCACUUGACACCAACUUGAGGGAUUUUCUCUUCAUUUGGGCCGCAGAUGAUCUUAGUAACUUAUCAUCUGAUAGGACGCUGGAGCGCCUGGUGACUUGCUGCGAGUUAUUCCGGCAGGUUGUUCUAACCUUGAAAGAGGGUGGUCAUUCUUGCAUGGUCCGUGUUAUCACCUACAGGUCCUCAGAGAAAAUGGUGGACUGCGUAAGCGCUGGUUUUGUGCUCGCCGGCAUGACAAGAGCUUGUGCAGCAGAAAUACCCGCCAUCUCUUUUCAGGUGAUUGAUUUGACAUCUCUGACCAGAGAGGACAUUGAAUGUCUAGUUGGCGUCAUCAAUGUCUGUAAACAACAAGAAGUCAUUGUUGGUCAAGGGAAGGUGUCCACAAUGAAGAUAACUAGUACUCCCACGGUGGACAAAGUGUCUUUAAAGUGUGACAGACGCUCAGUGAAAGAUUUUGUCCUCCAGACAUGUCAUCCGUACAGACUGGAAGGUUUGACGGCCACCCCUCAUGACAUGAGUGACAACCCCGUCCCUCGAGGAUUCAUUGAAGUUCAGAUCACCAAUGUUUGUGUGCAUUCAUCUGAUUACUUCCCCGUCACCAUUUCACAGCUGUAUUUUGGAGAGACGCUGUACUGGAACAACCGUGCUGCACACCACCAUCACACACUUCUAGCUCUUGAUUUUAGCGGCGUAGUGACUGCUGUCGGGAAGGACGCACGCGGCAUAAAAGCAGGAGACCGUGUUGCAUCAUGUUACCCGACUUUGGCAACGACAAGGGUUGUUGUUCCUGAUUCUCUGUGUUAUGACAUCAAGACGCUCCCGUUUCUGGAGGAAACUCCAAUUGUGUCUUUCUUCAUCCUGGCGAGGGAGAUCCUGCAGAGAGCUUUUCCCGCUUUGAAAGCACAACAACAAAAUAAAAUGUCAAUCAUCACGCCAAAUUUAGCCUCUGUUUUCCUGAAAGUUUUAGCGUUGACGGCAAACCGAUCAGGCUGGAAUGUGUCCUGUUCGCCACAUUUGAUGAGGGAAUCUUCUGAUCCAUGCCAAGCUUUUGUGUUCUUGCCUCCCGUUGACAACUCCUGGCAGGAACUACAAGACGAUGACGGCCAUGAGAGACAUAUAGUCUUGGUGAAUGACACUCACAUGUCCUCACGUUGCGGUGCUUUUAAGAGCAACCAUGUACACAUACUGGAUGUGACUUCUGUCCUUCAAAGAGCUUACCUGAAUGUGCAAGGCAGUGCUAUCUUUAGGUGGCUCACAUCUCUUGGCUUUGAUAGAGCAUCCCUGCCUGUUAAAAGCAAGACAUUUCAAACGUCACGCACAGCAGCAGCUCAGAAUGAUGACUCCUACUUUGCCACAAAGACAGUGUGCCAAGUGGUUUUAGAGCACACCUGCCCGGUGUCUGAUAUCCCUCUGGUGGCCAGGCCCAGACAACUCUUCAAAAACCGCCACGUUUACAUAGUGACGGGAGGUCUCACCGGUUUAGGCCUUGAGACAGUGAAGUUCAUUGCCAGCAACGGCGGAGGUUAUAUAGUGACGUUGUCCAGACGCAUGCCGACACAUGAAACACAAUCUGAACUGGAUCUUAUUCAAGGAAGGUAUGGCGUCAUCAUCAUGAAUGUCCAGUGUGACGUCUCUGUGCUGCAGCAAGUAGUGGACGCCAUCUCCAAGAUUGAAGGACGAUUCAGUUCUUGUCCCAUUAAAGGUGUGUUUCACAGUGCUGCGGUGCUCCAUGAUGCACUCAUUGACACCCUCAAUGAGGCGCUCCUGCUGAAGGUACUGCAGCCCAAAGUGAGCGGCGCCCUAAAUCUUCACCGUGCAACACUGACAAAGAAACUUGACUUCUUUGUGUGCUACUCCUCCAUCUCUUCAGUCGUGGGCAAUGAGGCCCAGUCAAACUACGCAGCAGCAAACUCAUUCCUUGACGCCUUCUGUCAUUACCGCAGAAACCUCGGCCUGGCUGGACAGUCCAUCAACUGGGGGCCUUUAAACCUCGGCCUUCUGCUCAACAAACAUCACCUCCAAAAUCUCCUGAAGGCGAAAGGAUUGAUGGUCAUGGAUGCGUGCGAGUUUCCCGAAACUCUCGCAGAGGUUUUACUCACGAACAGACCCCAACAGCUCAUUUGCAAGUUCAACUUUAAAAACAUUUGUUCACAAAACAACUCACUGAAAGAACGACUGUGUACCUUAGCAGAGGACGAGCUGGGACUUCUACAGACGUCUUCCCUGCAUGGAAACGUGAGACGUAUCGUCAGUGAUGUAAGCAAUUUUGGGGAGGACGAGCUGGAUGAUGACGUCACUCUGGGAGCUCUGGGAAUCGACUCCAUGUUGGCCAUGACGCUGCAGAGUAAGAUAUACAAGGAGAUGGGCAUUAAUGUACCUUUGGUUAGAAUAUUGGAGCCAAACACUACAGUGGCUACUUUGGAAACACUUGUGAUGAACAAUUAA